UCCAACGAAACAGUUCAAUGGCAGCAAUUCAGGAAGACUGCUCUGGCGGAGAGACGAGGACAACUUUUCACCCGACUCUGUGGGGUGAUUACUUCCUUAAAUACAAGCCACAAUCUUCAGCGCAGCAAGCUCAUAUGAGAGAAAGGAUGGAGAUACUAUUGGAGCAAGUAAGAACAGAGAUGAAAGAGGCAAAUGAAAUCCCCCAAAUACUAGAGCUUGUAAUCACGAUUGAGAGACUUGGUUUGGGCUACCAUUAUGAGAAUGAGAUUGCACAACUACUGGAUGUUGUUUUCAAAUCUGAUUAUGAUGAUAAUAAUCUACACUUGGUUUCGCUUCGAUUUUAUCUUCUACGAAAAAAUAGAUAUGAUGUGUCAUCUGAUGUAUUCCAUAAAUUUGAAGACAAACAAGGAGGUUUUGUUCAGUUGGAUACAAAUAGUUUGUUGAGCUUAUAUAAUGCAGCACAUCUGAGUAUCAAGGGGGAGGAUGUAUUUGACAUGGCAGUCUCUUUCACGAGAAGACACCUCCUUGGGGCUUUAGAAAAUUUGGAAUCAGCAUUUGCAGGGGAAGUUUCUUCUUCCCUUCUUACACCUCCUUUUAGAAGGGUUGGGAUAUUAGAAGCAAGAAACUACCUAUCGUGUUACACAAACAAGGUUACACGAAAUGAAGCCAUAUUGGAGCUUGCCAAAUUGAAUUUUAAUAUUCUGCAACUUCAUUUUUGUGAGGAGUUGAAAGAUGUCACAAUGUGGUGGAAUAAGAUCAAAAUGAAGUCAAGGUUGAGUUUUGUAAGAGACAGAAUUGUAGAAACUUAUUUUUGGAUAAAUGGGACUAGCUACAACCUUGAAUAUUCUUAUUCCAGAAUAAUAGCUACAAAGGUCACCGCUUUCAUGACUAUAAUAGAUGACAUAUUUGACACAUAUAGCAGCACUGCAGAUAGCAUGCAACUUGCGGAAGCAAUUAAUAGGUGGGAUGAAGAUGCAGUAAAUAUGCUUCCAGAAUACAUGAAGGAUAUCUACUUAUAUUUGUUGGAAACGUUUCAUUCUUUUGAGGACCAUUUAGGACCUAAGAACAGCUAUCGUGUGGUUUAUCUAAAAGAAGCUUUCAAGAAAUUGGUUCAAGCAUACAGUGAUGAACUAAAAUGGCGUGAUGAAAAUUAUGUACCAAAAACACUUAAUGAACACCUUCAAGUUUCAUCGGUAAGUAUUGGAACCUCCGUGGUAGCAUGUGCUAUAUUUGUUGGCAUGGAUGACACAACAGUGGAAACUCUCAAUUGGGUGUCGAGCGACCAGAAACUUCUGAAGUCUUUUGCUAUAUAUACACGUUUCACGAAUGACAUGGCAUCAACAAAGCGUGAGCAAGCGGGGGGCAUUGUGCCUCUACUAUCCAAUCGUACAUGAAGGAGCAUGGGACGACAAAUGAUGACGCAUGUGAAAAGAUAAAAAAACUUAUCGAGAACUCCUGGAAGGAUAUGUUACACCAUUAUCUCGCAUUGACAGAUCAACCAAUGGUCGUGCCCCAAAUGAUACUUAACCUUUCAAGGACUGUGGAUAACAUGUACAAGCAUACCGAUGCAUACACUAAUUCAGAGAUACUGGAAGAUACAAUAAGGAUGCUUUUUGCUGAGCCAAUGUAAUAGAUAUACGGAUCU